AUGCAGUACCGACGGAUUAACUCUAGAUUAGAAGAGCUUCGCCUUGUUUCCAUCCUGCAUCGGCCCGAUCAGGAACAGGCAGAAUUCUCAGCCGUACCCCACCGAGAACGUGACGACCUCGUUCAUUGUACGCUAGAACACUAUUCACUCGCGCAAGAUCGUUGGACUAGAGACUCUCUCUCAAAAGACCCAGGCUUUUCGUUGGACUGGACUGCAGUGGACUGUCAAGAUGAAAACCAGAGCAACUCUAGCGAACCCGAUGAUUCCCGACUAGACAUAUCAGCUCGAUGGCGCUUCGAUUGGGGUGACUUUGUUGCGCUGUCCUACACAUGGGGCGACCCAGCAGAUAAGAAAGCGAUAGUCAUCAACGGAGAAGUCGUGAGAGUGCAAGCAAAUCUAGAGGCAGCCCUUCGAGUUUUGCGAUCCAAAAAGCCUAUGAGAUCAGGGUACCGCAUAUGGGUCGAUGCUAUUUGUAUAAAACAAGAAGAUCUCGCGGAAAGGAGCCGUGAAGUCCGGAGAAUGCGGAUGAUAUACGGUCUUGCCGCGGAUGUUGUCAUCUGGCUAGGCCCCGAAGCGGAAGACAGCAACAAAGCUAUGGAUCUCAUUCUUACCCUGUCCAAUUCGUGCAAGAAUGGUACCGACAAAUCGCUUGGAGUUUAUCUACGAAGCAAUCCAGAGUAUCUCGUACGUGGAUCUUGGCUUGCUCUUAGCAAGCUGCUUGAACGUCAAUACUGGUACCGUAUGUGGAUCAUCCAGGAGCUUUGCUUGGGUGGCAGUAAAUCUCCUAUUCUCUGUGGAGACAAGGUUAUCAUUUGGGAAGACUUCUUUUCAGCUUUGUAUUCGUUUGGGAAGCAUAACGUCGACGUCAUCUUUGCAUGCAUCGAUGGCGAAAGAAAAGCCGCCGGCCUGACUCCAUUUGGGCUUAAUAGGAACAAGAUCAUUCAUAUCAAUCUCGAGCAUCAUAAGCAAGCUGGCCGUGAGAAGGCCCAGUACAUGCCUCUUCUAGACCUUGCGCGAAAAUCAGAUGCAUUGAACCCGAUAGACAAAGUGUACGGAAUCCUAGGGUUGAUGCAUCACGCGGUAUCUUCCCUCACAACACUGGACUACAGCCUCUCAGUAGAAGAGGUGUACACAAAUUUCGCCCGGCAGUACAUAGAAGCAACGGGAAGCUUGGAGAUUCUCGAGCAGUGUCGCUUGAAAGAAUCACCAAUGCCUUCUUGGGCCCCAGAUUGGCGGAAUAAAAACCACUACCGUCUUUUUAGUGGACAUCACUCCACCUAUAGCGCAGGCAGCGCAUCGACCGCUUCAUAUCACUUUCGUAGUGAAGCCUGCAUACUAGAUGUCGAUGGCGUCAUUCUUGAUGCAGUCGAUGGUCUAGGCCAAGCUUACUUUGAGUAUGGCACUAGCUCCUUACCAGAACACGCUGUCUUCCAACCGAACAAUACUGCAAGUGCCUACGGUUGUGAAGACUCAAUCAAGGACGCGCUUUGGCGAACUCUAACCGGAGAUCGUACUCUCCAGGGCCACCCUGCUCCGGACAACUACGCCGAAAUACUCAACUUGCCGUUCAGAGAAUCCUGCCAAACCCCGUUGCCAUCUCGUGGAGCAAGAGCGUUGAGCCGGUUUAUAACGCAAAGCGCUUCUCUUUCCGUUUCUGGAAGAAGGCUCGAUAGCUUUUUCAAUAAUUCGUUAGAUCAAUUUCCUGAGACGGCAAUCGACGCUGUGGAGCGCAUAUGGCGAUUCACAAGAACACAUCGUCUUGUGGUAACGCUUAGUGGAAGAAUAGGCAUGGUACCCAUCGAAGCAAAGAAAGGGGAUGUACUAUGUAUACUCCUUAGCUCUGAUGUUCCAGUCCUGUUAAGGCCAGCCAAGAACCCAAGAGACCCUGUCAAACUUGUCGGUAGUUGCUAUAUACACGGCAUCAUGGCCGGUGAAGCAAUGCGGUGGAUUGAGGAUGGCAUUUUGAAAGUGGAAACAAUUUCAAUCUGUUGA